AUGUUCUGCAUAGAAUGUGGGAAUCAGCUUCCGGAAGUUCGCGACAGUCAUACAAUUUGUUGCAAAUGCAGAACUCCGCUAUCCACAUGGUGGGAUGAAACUUCUGCUACUUUUAGGACUAACCGCGAAACAAUAUUACCAGAUGACCAGGCCCAUUUUAGAUUCCAGCUUGAUCCUAAAGAGAAAGAGAUAAUGGCGAUGCGUAGGAAUAACCAGACAGAAGAAGAGCGAACGUUCAAUGCAGCCCUCAUUUGUCUUGAACAUCACUUUGAGCGGCCACAAAAUUCAAUGGCGGGAACCAUGGAGCGAGUUCGAAAGAUCAUAUCCACAACGUUGGAUCUGAGUCUAAAAAAAGCCGAGGUCCGUGAAAAACUUGCAAAAAACGUUGACAUCUGGAUGCAUCUACGAAAUAUACUCACUUGUGCAUAUUCUGUCCUCGAAAGACGCUCCUUACGAACUGCAAAAGGUCCAGAUGGUUCUAUAAACCAUCACGAUACAUCAGAGUCAACCGAUCUAAUUUUAUGCAACUAUGACUUUUUAUUGAAAGAUUUACAUUUUCUAAAUAGUUUGUUGAUUAUUAGUAGAAACAUGCUUGCAAUUAAAGAAACUGCACAAGAAAUAUGUGCGGCAGUUCAGGUGGACAGAGCUGUUCAUCGAAUCAUAAGCUUGUGCAUUGAUAUUACCAGUAAAGGAUAUGAUGGUGAAACUGUGGAUGAGGCUAAGAGAGCGCGAUUGAACGAAAUCACAGAACUCUAUAAGAAACUUUUAGUCACAUGUCUACAACAUACGCACAACUGGACCAUGGGAAAUGAUAGGUUUAAAAUGUCAUUUUGGUUCGAUAUGCUUUUCGACGAUGAUCUGAAGAAUGAUAAUAUACACGAAUCUUCACCAGAUUCUUUGAAUGUUGAGAUUGCAUGCCAAGAGGUUAAUAAUUGGUUAAGAAGAAAUAAUAAGAGGGAUAAAAUGGCCUCCGAACUACUCGAAAAAUAUGCUCAAGAUGAGUUAUCACCAUAUAGCCCUGGUGUUCUACCUAGGACAAAAGAACUUCCCAAAGAUGAUGCUGAGAUUCUACCGACGCCAAUCUGGAAACCCGAACUAAAGGACAAAUUUGAGCAGGAUAGACUCUAUGCCCGAGUAUCUCACGAAAUUGACAUGUGGUGGAAAAAGGUACGUGACCGAAAUUUUGAAGGCUGGAUUGUUACAAUGGAAACUGUUGAGGCUGCACAAGAGCGAACAGCGGCAUACAAGGAAGAUACCGUGAACCGAUAUAUGCUUCAAGGUGCGGGUAUUGACCAAUAUGAUCCACAUGGUCAAUAUGAGCAUCAGCAAGAUCAAGAUGGCAUAGAUUCGAACGAAAUGGAGAUUAGAUCAGUCCCAGACGAACCUUGUGAAGAGGAUGACGACGAUGAUGAUUCUUAUGUUGAGGGAAGUCUACGAGGAUUAUUGACUGAGAUACCUAAUAUUUUAGACACAAAACAAAUUGAGGCCUUACAUAUGACGGUGAAGGCUUGUAUUGUGGAUUCCAUGGGAUCUGGACUGACACCAGCUGGUGAGAAUCUUCAAAAAACGAGAUGCAAAAUGUUUUUGGCACUUGACUGCGGCAAAAAUCUGCUUCGGGAACUUCUAGUAUUUAUUGCUGUUUGGGAACAGACCGAUCAACAUUUUAUAUUUCAAAUAACCGCCCAAAUUAUCGAAUCUUUCCAUCACAAUGCUUUACUUCCUUAUGCCUGGGAUUCCCUCAGAAUACUUAAAGACAUAGUUUCUCCAGCGCAAACUGUUCUUCUUCGCCUCAUAAAUUACAUGUUUCGAGCUCGGAAAGACAGUCCUAUAUAUGAUGAUGUCAAAGACUAUAAUCGCGACGCUAAACUUAUACAUUUUCUGUACAAUUAUUUUCGUUGUAGGGUUGUUCCUGAUUGUUUAGCACUAAUUCAUGCGCAAGCUCAAAUUCGACAAAACAAAAAACAUCCAAGUGACUUUCCCGUCGAUUCAUGGGAUAUGGAACGGGCUAAAGAUGGACUCGCACAAUAUUUAGACUUUAUUUCGGUGAUCGCUGAGAUACCAGAGAUGAGGCAUCUACUUAUUGAGUGGGAAGCGGUUUAUGAGCUAGUAGCGUUGCUCAAAGAUCUAGAAGCUGGUGUGGCAAGGAAAUCUAUUGAUGACCGACCCAAUCCUCCACAGAAUCGACAACCAACUCAAGAAGAAUCUUCGCCAGUUGUGUUUUCUUUCGACAGCAAUGUUCCGGGCUCGAUAUCUGCAUCCAGCCUUCCCCCAUUGCAACACAUUCCAUACAAAUUUGCAUGGUCUGGCAUCAAGAACCAGAUUUUAAUAAUCCUUACUUCUCUCAUUUCUCCCACUGGACCGAAGCGGAGUGGACCAGGGAACCCAACUGUUCAAAAACAGCUACUCGCUCACGAUGGAAUUAUGCCUUUAUUAAACUGUUGUGUAUAUGAUGGAAAUAACGAAUACCUGAAAGAGCGCGCCACAUUAGCAAUUAAGUUUCUAAUGGAAGGCUGUAAAGAAGCACAAGACUUUGUUAAGGAGCUUGUACCUGUCAAACAGGCGCAAGUACAGGCGCAAGCUGCUGCUAGAGCUCAGACAGAGGCUAAUUCACAUUCACGAGACGGCGGAAAGGGCAACAACUCGAAAGUAAUAUCAAGCGGCUCAUCAAGUAGCAAAAUGAAUCUUUCCGGAUUAACACACACUGCAGCUUCGACUCAACCAAGCCUUACAGGCGCACAAGACGUGGAAGCUAAAAUAAAAGAAUUAGAAAAAAAUAUUAAGAUGGCACAACUAGGAAGCGCAAGUAUCUCUGGAUGUCUGAAGUCUAAAAAUUUAGACGCUAAUUCUACCACAAAAGCAGCUCAAUCAGCAUCAUUGCAUAACAAAUCAAAUGGAGUUCCAUCUAAAAAAUCUAAGAAAAAUUCUGGCUAG